UUUUAGCAUUUACUUACUUUUCAAAAUUAAGUAAUUCUUUUUCUGCUUCUUCUUUAUCCUUCUCUUCUCCGUGGAUUGCCAGAAUAGAUUAAUAUUGCAUGUAUGCAAUUUCAUGCACUACAAAGCCAAUGAACACCUAAAUUAAGUUGUUUUCCAAUUCUACUUUUCUAACAGGGAAUUCUAGGUUACUCCAAAAGUAGAGAGAGAAUGUCUCCAAUGAAGUUUUGUGUAGCUGUGGUAUUGGUUAUGUUAGCAACUACCAUGGAAGGCCAACAUCAUCGAAUUCUUUUGGAUACAGAUGUUGAUACUGAUGAUGUAUUUGCUCUGCUCUACCUUUUGAAGCUCAAUAGAUCAGAGUUUCAAUUGGAGGGAGUGACAAUUAGUGCAAAUGCUUGGACUAACGUGGGACAUGCUGUGAAUCAAGUUUAUGACAUACUUUACAUGAUGGGACGAGAUGACAUAGCAGUUGGAAUGGGAGGUGAGGGUGGAAUACUCCCAAAUGGUACCAUACUCCCAAAUGUAGGUGGAUAUCUUUCAAUGAUAGAACAGGGAAUGACAACAACAGGAGGUUGCAGAUACAGACAAGCCAUUCCUAAGGGUCGAAGAGGGCUCUUAGAUAUUGAUACUAAUUAUGGCAUACGAAAAGCUUUCCUUCCACAGGGGAGAAGAAAAUACACUCCCUUACAACAAGCAACUGCUCAGGAAGUGCUGAUUGAGAAAAUAUCUGCAGGUCCAAUAACUUUGAUUGUGAUUGGGGUGCAAACAAACAUUGCUCUUUUUCUUAUGAAUAAUCCACACUUGAAGAAAAAUGUGAAGCAUAUUUACAUCAUGGGUGGUGGUGUAAGGUCAAGAAACCCAACUUGUUGCCCCCAAAAUGCUUCCUCUUCCUGUGUUCCUAAGCAAUGUGGUGACCCAGGCAAUUUAUUCACAAACUAUAAAGCUAACCCUUAUGCAGAGUUCAAUAUAUUUGGUGACCCUUUUGCAGCAUAUCAGGUUAUUCAUUCUGGUAUACCUAUUACACUUGUCCCUCUUGAUGCAACAAACACAAUCCCCAUCACUGAAGAAUUCUUUAAUGAAUUUGAGAAAAGUCAAGACACAUACGAGGCACAAUACUGUUUCAAGUCCUUGAAAAUGGCUAAAAUGGCUCGUGAUAAUUGGCUUGACAACCAAUUUUACACGAGUUAUUUUAUGUGGGAUUCUUUCGCAUCUGGUGUAGCAAUCUCAAGCAUGAGAAACCCCAAUAAAAAAAAUGAAUUUGCUGAAAUGGAGUACACAAACAUCACUGUAAUCACUUCAAACAAACCAUUUGGAAUAUGUGAUGGGUCUAAUCCAUUCUUUGAUGGCCUCAAAGUACCUAAAUUCAAUCUAAAGAAAGGUGGAGUGCACAGUGGCCAUGUUCAACAAGGGCUUAAAGAUCAAUUUUGCUUUGUGAAGAAUAAUGGGAAAGGUAGAUGUCAGGAUGGUUAUACAUAUGAGGUGGAUGGUCCUAACUCAGUGAAAGUACUUAUUGCUACUAAAGCAAAGCCUAACCAAGAUGUUAGGAGUCCACUUGACAAACAAUAUUUCAAAAGCCUCUUGAAUGUUUUAAAGCAAGCAGAAAAUGGUGGGAGGUUCAACUUCACUACACAGUUUCCUUACUACAAAGAAGUAACUUAUGUGCCAAAUUUUGAAAACAAAACAUUAGGGAAACCUAUUGUGUUUGAUAUGGACAUGAGCAUAGGAGAUUUUCUUGCUCUAUUCUACCUCCUUAAAGUUGAUGUUGAAGUCAUAAAUCUUAAGGCAAUAAUUGUGAGUCCAACUGGGUGGACAAAUGCUGCAACAAUAGAUGUAAUUUAUGAUUUACUACACAUGAUGGGUCGUGAUGAUAUCCCAGUUGGUCUUGGUGAAGUUUUUGCAGUGAAUGAAUCAGACCCACAAUUCCCACUUGUUGGAGAUUGCAACUAUGCUAAAGCAAUUCCCCAUGGAAAUGGUGGACUUUUGGACUCUGACACUCUUUAUGGACUUGCUCGUCAUUUACCACGUAGUCCCAAAAGGUAUACGCCUAUAAAUUCUAUGAAGUUUGAAGCUCCUCAAGAUACUGAUGAACUUAAUUUCAGACAACCAUUGGCAAUGGAAAUUUGGGAGUCUGUAUUGCAAACAAUGGAACCUAGAUCUAAGAUUACAGUGUUAACCAAUGGACCCUUGACUACUUUGGCAAAGGUUGUAUCACUCAAAAACAUUAGCUCAAGAAUUGAGGAGGUUUAUGUGGUGGGAGGACACAUCAACAAGAAUGUCUAUGACAAAGGAAAUGUAUUUUCUGUUCCUUCCAACCACUAUGCAGAAUUUAAUAUGUUCCUAGAUCCUUUAGCAGCCAAAAUAGUGUUUCAAUCAGAAGUUAACAUCACACUCAUUCCACUCAAUGUCCAGCAUAAAGCAAGUUCGUUUUCACACAUUUUAUGUUGGUUGCGUAGGAUUCAACAGACACCUGAAGUUGUGUUUUCCAAGCGUGUGCUAUUAAGGCUACAACGUCUGAAGAAAAGCCACCACAGAUAUCAGCAUAUGGAUACAUUCUUAGGAGAAAUUCUAGGUGCUGUUGUCGUAGCUGACAAGCAUUCAAGUCUAAGUGAAAAAUUUGAGGUGAAGCCGGUUAAAGUGUUGGCCCAAGGAGAUGUGUCCAUGGAUGGAAAAAUGGUGGUGGAUGAGGAAGAUGGAAAAUUAGUCAGAAUUUUAAGCCAUGUGAAUGCAAAGGCUUAUCAUAAGAUGUAUGCAAACAGGCUUGGUGACUGGAACCAAUCGGCUAAGAUAGGAAGCUUUGAAGAUCAGAGAAGGAAAUGGAGUCAUCCACAUUCCUCAUGACAAAAGCUUGAGGGAACUUCCUCAUGGUUCCCCUCUAAAAGAAGAACAUGUUUUCUUAUUCUAUACACUGGAGUUUUUGUUGUGUGGUUGAUAUUAUUCAAGCCUUGAUGUAAACUUUUUAAGUUUCAUAUAUAGGAAAAGAAAUAAAGCAACUUAGGAUACGAUAAAUACUUCAAAGCAAAAUAUAACAGAUUAACCUAUACUGAUUUUGGCUAUCAUCUUGUAAUUACCCUUUAAAUUCUUA